UGUUGGGUGUAAUCUGGUGUGACGCCACUAAUCCCGCAGCUACAAAUCACCGGUCCCCUGCACCCUGCUCCACGCAGACCGUUGCAACCACCUGCCAGCAACUUCACAUUUGCCUCAGUACAAAGCUGAUUUAAAGAGCAGAGGACAUGGCUGUGGUUAGUGGAACUUACCGUAUGGUGUCGGAGGAGGAGCAGGCUCUCAGGGCUAAACUGGAACGUCUCACCGUCAAGGACCACGGGCCAGUGUUCGGAUCCUGUGCCAGUCUGCCAGACCACACUAAGCAGAAGGCCAAGGAUGAGCUGAACGAGACAGAUGAGAAGCGGGUGGCUGCAGUGAAGGAGCUGCGAGGAAUGAUAAAGGAAAAGGCGGAGGCAGGCGAUGAUCUAGCCAAGGGGGUGCAGACCACCUUCGGGGAGAAACCCGACACUUUGCUGGUCCGCUUCAUCCGCGCCAGAAAAUAUGAUGUGCCCAGAGCCUUUGAACUUAUGAAGGGCUACGUGCGAUUCAGGAAGGAUUACCCUGAGCUGUUUGAGAAUCUGACCCCAGAGGCCGUACGCAGCACCAUCGAGGCCGGCUACCCUGGCAUCCUGCAGAGCAGAGACAAGUAUGGCCGUGUGGUUUUGCUCUUCAACAUCGAGAACUGGGACUACGAGGAGAUCACUUUCGAUGAGAUCCUUCGUGCCUACUGUGUGAUCCUGGAGAAGCUGCUGGAGAACGAAGAGACUCAGAUCAACGGGUUCUGCAUCAUCGAGAACUUCAAGGGCUUCACUAUGCAGCAGGCGUCAGGAAUCAAACCCACUGAGCUCAAAAAGAUGGUGGACAUGUUGCAGGAUUCAUUCCCUGCCCGUUUCAAAGCUGUGCACUUCAUCCACCAGCCCUGGUACUUCACCACCACCUACAACGUGGUCAAACCUCUCAUGAAGGGCAAGCUGCUGGAGAGAGUGUUCGUCCAUGGAGACGAGCUGGAAAACUACUACAAGGAGUUUGACGCUGACAUCCUGCCGUCUGAGUUUGACGGAAAAGGCGCCAAGUACGACGGCAAGGCCAUAGCUGCCAAGCUGUUUGACUAAACUCCAUCGAUC